CAAUAAAAAUCGUCAGAAGGGCAUAUGCUUUUGCGCGGAUACUCCCAUCAGUACCUCCAAAGAAAAGAUGGCGGCGUGUUUCUGCUGUUUCCGCUGCUGUUGGGCGUCUGCGGGCGGAUUUAACCACGUUCCGCUCAAAGAACUGCCCACAGUCCAACUGGACACUUCACACAUGGGAACCGAUGUUGUGAUUGUGAAGAGUUGCAGGAGAAUCUGUGGUACAGGUGCGGCCCUAGCUAAUGCACCUAUAGUCCAGAACAAAGCCUACUUUGAGAUCAAGGUGCAGUCAACAGGUAUCUGGGGUGUUGGUUUGGCCACCAGGAAGAGUAACCUGAACUCAGUCCCCCUGGGGAUGGAUAAGGACAGCUGGGUACUGAGGUCAGAUGGAACCGUGUUCCACGACGGAGAAAUGAUCCACAAACUCACCAACUAUGUGGAGGAGGGAGACGUCAUUGGUGUCACGUACGACCAUAUAGAAAUGAACUUCUACAGGAAUGGGGCACAGUUACCCUGCACUGUCACAGGAAUCAGAGGAACAGUCUUCCCAGUCUUCUAUGUUGAUGAGAGUGCCAUCCUAGACACACAGUUCUCUCAGUUCUACCACACAGCGCCAGAGGGCUUCGAGGGAAUCAUGUUUGAGCAGUCACUACUCUGAGGAAGAAUUCACAUCCUUUUUAUAUUUGUACGAUGUAGAGUAUGGGACAACCACAACGAUACUCCAUGCUGCAAUAUGUUUAUUUGAAUGGCGGCAAAACGUGUUCUUUUAGCAAAUGAUGAAUCUAAAUUGUCCUUAUCUCAAAGAGUUUUGUUACUUCAGACAUGAAAUAUUUCACUGGCUAGACAUUGUUGACGAUGCAUAAAAAGGUGUAUGUAAUUCAUAGUUAACAAGUCAUUACAAAAUGUAUGUAGCACUUCUUUAUAAAUACAUGUAGCUGGGUGCAAGCUCACCUGCUUGAAAAAAGCAUAGGUCCGGAUAUCCACUUUUCACUAGAUGGUGAUUGUUGAGUGACUGUACAGUGACCAAAAGUGAAUUUCUGUGAACUUUGAUUUCAUAGUUGAAAUAUGAUGCUAUAUAAAAAAAGUAUGAUUUUAAACACAACAAAACACACAAGAUUUGUACCAUCCUCCGUACGUAGUGACCACUGGCUCAAUACAUGGUUAGCAAGUGAAAGUAUUGAGCCAGCGGUCACUACGUAGGAUGUCUAUUAGGCUAAAAGAUUUGUUCUUUAUCUUUGAAAUUUGUUGAAUGAGCUGUCAAAUCUCUGGUCACUCAACGGUCAAAGUGUGUUUUCGGCCUCUAGUGGAAAUGGGGUGUUAUAACCACCCAAUGUGCAACUACGUGAAUGUUGACAACUAAACUGCAAAAGUUAUGGAAUUACAGGAAAUUUAGUUAUUGGACAUGGAACAAAAGAAAAAAAACAUGGGUGACGUGUUUUCUUCUGAAAGGGUACAUGCUGUACAUGUAUGUCAUGUUGUGGUACUAACAUAUAACAAAGCUAGCUGGUGUACAAAUAAUGAAAAUUUAAGUAAUACCAGAGACCCUCUAGGAGCAAAUGAUGUACAGUUAUAGCUAGAAUAUUUUUUGAACGUUUGUCAGUGUAGAAAUUAGGAAUACCAUGUAAUAUUAGUGAUCCUAGAAUAACUACAAAAUUAUGCUUUAUAGUAUAUGUUUACAUUCUUAGCUAAUUCAGGGAGUUGGUGUUGUGUUGAAAUUCAGUAUUUGUUGCUUUGUACAAUGAUAAAGCUUGUAUUUUUUCCUAAGGGAACUUAGUUAUGCCAUGCUAUAGUUGCUGUCUACUGUUCUAGAUUUGAUUAGGCAAGGUGUGGGCUACAGUAUUAUAUACGAUGCCAUAAUUAUGAUACUUUCUUGAAACUAUGUAUAAAGCUGUUUAACAGUAAUUUAUAUCAUAUUCUUAGAUAAGUCUGAAAGAUGUGAAAGUCAAUAAGUUGACAGAAUUACUGAGUCUUGAGUUGUGAUAUUCAAUGCAAUUCAACCUCUACAACUGGAGAAAAAAUCGAAAAUUUUGCUCUGGAUGUUUUAUUGACAUCCAUCACUCUUCUUCAGUGUUGCUGAAGAAGAGUGAUGGAUGUCACUCAAACAUGCAAAAUUAGAUCUCCAAAUUUUAUCCAGUGGUAGAGAUUGUUCUGUUACAGCCUGCUUGAAACAGAAUCAUAAAUUGUACGAUGUCCAAAAGUGGUUGUUAGGGCAUCUGCAGUCUUUCCAAUGAAUGAAAUAUAUGCUUUAUAACAACAGUUUAGUUUACCUGAGAUCAUUUUUAUAUCAUACUUUUUUGUUGUUUUGUUUUUGUGAUCAGUUUUGUAUAUUCUGGUGACCUACAAUCAGAUUAUAAUUAUAAAAGCCUUCUUUCAUUUGUACUUUUAGUGAAAUUAUAUAUAACUGGAUCCAUAAGAAUAAUAUUAAAUAUGUAGGACAGGAAAAUGUGUAGUGUCAGUAGCAAACAUUCUUGUCACAAUACAUUAAAUACUAAUAAGCAGACUUCCAAAAUGGUAUGUUGCUAGAGACUCUUGUACUGUCUGUAGAAAAUUAAGAAAUGAGAUAUUUUUGUGACAAUUCGACUAUGCAGAUAUUAUUGCCGGUAUGAUAUAGAAAGUGACUGUGAUGUUUAAACAUUUACCCAGUGCUUAACAUCCGAAUGUUACUAACAGUCAUGUACAUAGUGCAGAGUAACAUUUAAUGUGAUACCCAACAUGUAGAUGUAGAUCUGUCACUGGUAUUACACAGUGCUUUCAUGUCAUCAUAGCAGUUGAAAAUGUUAUGUUUAUGUCAGGAUGCAGAUUGGGAUCUGGCAGAAUCACCCAUUCAACCAGUAGAGAUCUUGAUCUGAGUACAUGUCAACAGAGAGACUGCAAAUGCAUUUAAGUUUGCAGUAAUUGCUGAACCUUCUGCAAAUGGCAAAGGAUUUUUUAAUUUUUAUUUUUUAUUAACUUUUAAUUUACACAUUGCACCGCAGUCUUGUACUUGAAAUGAUUUCUGUACCAUCUACCAUUGUUUACAGAUUGAGUUCGAAAUUGUCGUACUCUCAUAAAAUCCUGGGCUAUUCUAUUUGAAACGUUAAGGGUUAGAAAGGCAAAUGUCACCUGGCUCCUCCCUUUUUUAGUUCUAUUUCUAAUUGACAUAUCUUGAAUUAAUUUGUUCUUCAGCACCCACGUUUAUUUUAUUUUUCUUAAAUCCUCUCAUAUGUCAUGUCAUUUUCUUCUUGACUGUCAUGCCAACUUUUCAAAUAGAACAGCCCAGUGAAAUCGCCUUAUAUUGUUAUGUAUGUAGCUUUUGUAUUCCACUGUAAAAGCUCAUGUAAACGGUGUGUUAUUCGAGCAUACAAACUGACAGUACAAA